AUGAAACCAGCAACACUUCUGGCCCUUCUGGCCCCAGCCGUGGUCCUCGCCGAAUCACACGCAACUGGCGUCUCCUCUGAUUUCGCACACAACUCCCCCGCCGUGUCAAUACCUGAGCUCGCUCUCCGUGAACAUUUCGUUCCGGCGCUGGAUCGUACCCCUCUACCAGAUGAUAUGCCUUUGCUAGCUGCGAGGCAUAUCCUCCAGGCGCGCAGUGAGGGUUCACUCGGCCAAACCCCAUGGAUUGGCAUGGGUAUUGGCCUAACCUUUACUGCCCUGGCGGCUGUGAUGCUGGGGUGA